UUUUGGAGGGCCGCUGUAACGUCAUUCCUCUUCCUGUCUCCACCCGUUGGCAGCCAUGAUGCAGGAAGGGCUGGACGACGGACCCGACUUCCUCUCCGAGGAGGACCGGGGGCCACGGGCGGUGAACGUGGAUCUGCAGACAGAUGCCACGCUGCAGGUCGACAUCUCCGACGCUCUGAGUGAGAGGGACAAGGUCAAAUUCACCGUCCACACUAAGAGCACGCUCCCCAACUUCAAGCAGAAUGAGUUCUCAGUGGUUCGACAACAUGAAGAGUUCAUCUGGUUACACGACUCGUUUGUGGAGAAUGAAGAGUACGCAGGAUACAUUAUCCCCCCUGCCCCCCCCAGACCAGACUUUGAUGCAUCCAGAGAAGUUGCAGAAGUUGGGGGAGGGGAGGGGUCAAUGACCAAGGAGGAGUUUACCAAGAUGAAGCAGGAGCUGGAGGCAGAGUACCUGGCCAUCUUAAGAAGACGGUGGCCAUUGCACGAGGUCUUCCUGUGUCGUGUGGCGGCGCAUCCUGUCCUCAGGAAAGACCUGAACUUCCACGUGUUCCUGAGUACAACCAGGACCUGAGUGUAACGAGGGAAGAACAAGAAGGAGAAGUUGGAGGACUUCUUCAAGAACGUGGUGAAGUCAGCGGAUGGCGUCCUGGUGGCCGGGGUCAAGGACGUGGACGACUUCUUUGAACACGAGAAGACGUUUCUGUUGGAGUAUCACAACAGAGUGAAAGACGCUUCGGCCAAAUCUGACCGAAUGAUCCGCUCACACAAAAGUGCAGCUGACGACAUCAACAGAAUCGCCUCGUCCCUGUACACGUUAGGAACGCAGGACUCCACGGAUCUCUGCAAGUUUUUCCUGAAGGUGUCAGAGCUGUUGAGAAAACCAGGGUAAAAAAUCGAAGCUCGCGUGGCCGCAGAUGAAGACCUGAAACUGGCCGAUCUGUUGAAAUAUUACCUGAGGGAGUCUCAGGCCGCCAAGGACCUGUUGUACCGCAGGAGCCGGGCUCUGGUGGACUACGAAAACGCCAACAAGGCUCUGGACAAGGCCCCCAAAAACAGAGACGUCCUCCAGGCCGAGACCGGACAGCAGCUCUGCUGCCACAAGUUCGAGAAGAUCUCUGAGUCUGCCAAGCAAGAACUCAUUGACUUCAAGACGAGACGAGGCGCGUUCAGGAAGAACCUGGUGGAGCUGGCAGAACUGGAGCUGAAACACGCCAAGGUGAACCUCCAGCUGCUGCAGAGUUGUCUGGGUGUCCUGAAAGGCAACACUUAACUGUAAGCCCCGCCCUCCUCCAGCUGGACACGCCCCCACCACACAGUCCCGCUCAUUUCCAGCUGGACAACGCCCACAAUGGCUGGGUGCUGACGAACGGAUGAACGACACCGAGAACUCUGGACCAGAGAGAACCCAUGAAGAACCCAUGAAGAAGGCUUAGAAUGACAGGAUGUCUGCACCAUCCUCAUCCCACGCACCUGGAUCCACCGGGUCCACCUAGAUCCACCAGGUCCACCAGUCAGAACUCUGGUUCUUCUGGACUGGACCAGACCAGACUGUGGUUCCAGUUUCUGGGUCUGGUCUGUCUAGCUUGGUGGAUUUGGGUCCUGAGCUGGAUCCAGUUGGAUCAGAACAUGUGAACAGGUCCCAGUUGGGUUUCCAUGCUGUAAAAAAUGUGUCAGAUUUGCCAAAUCCUGGACCUGCCCAGACCUCCUGUGGUUCUGUUGGACCCGGGUCUGUCUGGGUUCUGCUUCAGGUCCUGGUUUCCUUGAUGCAGUCCAUCAGAUCUGGAUCAGACCCUGACACUCCGUCAUUUGUUAUAAUUCUAAAAUCAAAAACAGACUCAAACGAAAUCAAAACUGAACUGAAAUGAGUUCCACACGUUUGAUUUGAAUCAUCGUCAAACAUGUGUUCAAAACAACACAGGAUUUUUUACAGCGGGGAACCUGUCCUCUGUCCCUUCACCUUUGGUUUGGCUUUCUGUCUCCUGUCCUUUUAUUUUGGUGGUGUCUUUGUCUGUUCUCUGUCUCCUGUUCUUUUAUUUUGGUGGUGUCUUUGUCCGCUCUGUCUCCUGUCCUUUUAUUUUGGCGGUGUCUUUGUCCGUUCUGGCUCCUGUCCUUUUAUUAUGGCAGUGUCUUUGUCCCUUCUCUGUCUCCUGUCCUUUAUUUUGGCGGUGUCUUUGUCCGUUCUGGCUCCUGUCCUUUUAUUUUGGCGGUGUGUGUGGUGCAUUCAGGGUCCAGCUCUCGGUUGUGUUCUUAUCACUGUCACUAAAUAAACAGCCUUGUACAUGUUUGUAUGAGUUAACUAAUGAACGCUAAUCCUCUUCCUCCUCUUCCUCCUCCUCUUCCUCCUCCUCUUCCUCCUCCUCUUCUUCCUCUUCCUGCUCCUCCUCGUCACUAACUGUUUCUGAUUGGUUGAUUUCUCGGUUGCCUUAGCGACGCUCCUGUUGAUUUGGUGUAAACAGUUCAAAUCUUCUGAAUGAAGCUGUUUUUGUUGGUUGUUUUUCACUGUAAAUGAAUGUUUCUCACUCUUCUGUGACCAAAGCUCCAUUAACAUUAGCGUUACCGUGGAGACAACGCAUCCGAAAACACAUGAAUACUAAAUAAACAGAAGCAGGAAACAGCGGCUGGUGGGUGUUGGUCUGAUAUGAACUGAAUAAACCUUGACAGCACUUUUCUCAAA